AUGAAGGCGAGUGGCUCGACGCGCUUCAACGAAGUAUUCGUCGCGUCGUUCUCCAUUUUUUUCUUCUUACGUAAACGUAUAGACAACGUGGCGCCGGAGAAACGAUGGUUCAAUACUUUUGACGAAGACAUCGGCGCUGUGAUACAGGAAAUGCUGUUCCUCGAUCUGGGUCUUCAUCAGCGGCCGUUUUCGCAGAUUGGAAGUUUAUUCUUCAAGGAGGAUGUUAGUCCGGAGCUGCAGAGCCAGCCGCUUUACGCGAGGGAGAAGGACAAUGAGGAGCUUGCUGCCAAGAAAUACAGGAUUGGGCCUGCCGUUGACAAGCAAUAUUAG